CCGCGCUCGAUUGCUGUGGCCUGUUCUCCCAGCCCCCGCCGAUGGUGAGUCGGCGCUGGAUUACGGGGCCUGUUGUUACCCCCCCGACCCGGCAUGAAGCGGCUCCGGAGCGGAACGUCUCUGGUUUAAUUACCAGCAUCAGAUCCUGCAGUACAAAAAUCAAGCUACAGUGGAUAGCAGGAUGAGAAGUGGCUGCUGCAAGCCCAGAGUAUCACUGAAGAAAGAGGUACUCAGUGGCCAGCAGCAUCUUUCAAUGAAGACCUUACUGCAGAGUACAAGGCCACUCUGUAAUGUAACACUUGACCAGCAUUGGAAAGGAGCCAACAACUUAACUGAGGUCACUUUUGUGGGAUUUUCCAGUUCAACUGAAGAUGCCACUUCUGCUGGAAAGCAGGCACUUGCUGCUAAUGACCUGGAGCUUUCUGAUUGGCUGAGUUCACCACAGCUCUCCAACUUAAAGAAUACUGAUAUUGCUCUUUUGACUGAUUUGAAGAAACACUCCAGAACAAAAGAGAAAACUGUUAGCCAGGUGGUUUGUGUGAUGAGGCACCCUCCAUCAUCCUUGUACUGCGAUGAUUCUGUAUUCUCCCUGCUUAGCAAAUACACGACAGGGAUUCGGUUUUCUCUGGAGUCCCACUCAACACCAAAACAUCAAACUGAUGUAUACCUCGUGGAGGAGGAUGACACUAAUCAGUCAGUGUCGUCCAUUGAGGAUGACUUCGUGACUGCUUUUGAACACUUGGAAGAAGAAGCAUUUGGGACAGUGGGCUUUGAUCCCAGUACACCAAAAUACCAGCGAGAUGUUGCUCUACAGACCUUUGCACUGGACUUUACAGAGUCGCCAGUUCCUGUCGUCUCUUCCCCAAGCCUAGUCUUUGGCCAGUCUGUUCCUCCAUUACUCGAUAAUUCAGCAUUUUUUGGAGCACCAUCGUCUGCUAAAAGUUCUGUCGUAACAUUAAACUCAGGUCCUGGGAGGCAAAGGAGUUUUUACAAAUCUUGCAAUGCUCCUGGGCCAAGAUCCAACAAUGGGCUUAAGUCUGGGCCCUCUGUAUCCCCAUCAGAGUCUGAAGAUUCUGAAGGCUCAAGUCCAAGUCCAGUCAUCUUUCUGGAUGAAGAAGGUUACCAGAAGAGUCUGAAGGCCAAGCUGAAAAUACCCCAGAUCCCAAUACUCAAGGAUGACAUUGAGGAUUCCGACUCUGAAGUAAGUGAAUUCUUCGACAGUUUUGACCAAUUUGACGAACUAGACCAAAUGUUGGUCAGCACAUCUACCACCCUGAAGGUAGGGUCUAGCCCUCAAAAUCCACCUCAGAAAAAGAAGCCUACGGCAAAGCUGGCUUCCAGCUUCACGCUGAAACAAUGCACUACUGCAGUUGCUGCUAUGAAUCCGCAGAAGUUUGACCACCCGGUCCUUCCUGCUGAUGUGAAAAAACCCACUGCUCGGAAGGCAGAAUCUCCCUAUAACAGCCUGUCUGAUGUCCCGGAUUCACCUCGCCCAAUGCAUAGUUCAGGAGAAGAGAAUAGCCCUCUCUUCAGCCCCAUCCAUUCAUCAGCUUUCAGUCCCCUUGCAGCUCUGAGCGGGUCCGAAUGUUCAGGGAAGGUGCAGGUUCUCGGUACUGAAAUCGUUAAGGCACCAAACAAUGGAGCACUUUCUGACAGUUACUCUCAAUACGCAGGCGAUGUUUCACACAGCAUCAUCAGCUCUGUUUUCAGGUAUCCGCACGAUGUUGGCUUCGAGCAUAAGAGGACAGCAGCUUGCCCUCAGGAUGGAUGUUGGUCAGACAGAGUUGAAGAUCUGAACAUGACAGCUUCCACUGAAAAUUCUGACUCAAAACCACCCACGGCUCAUCCUUCUGCCCAGCAGACUUGUUCAAACACAUUCAAGGAUGGCAUCCAGCAAAUUGCUACAGAGCUAGUGGAGAAAAGUUUUGGCAGUGCCUUUAAGGACCUGCAGAAGGGUGUUUCGUCAUGCACUAGCACCCUAUGUCACCUGGCUGCAAGAUUGACAUCCUCUGUCAUUCAUAUGGCCUUGCAAGAGAUUGGAGCAAGGCGAGCAUUCUCACAGAAGAGGAGCGCUAUUAGUGACUUAGCAGACUAUUUGGUGGGCGAUGCAAUAGCUGGAGCACUGCGAGAACUGGAGUUUGUGAAGAAACAAAUUUUUAACAACGCUGUUGCCCGAUUUGCGACUGAUCUGGCUGAGGAACUCAUUUUUGAGGGAAUCAUGGAGGUUUGUCAGUUCUCCCACCCAACAACGCCUACAUCAACAAUAAGCUGGUCAUUUGAUGACGAGGAAAAGAUUGUGAGCUCCUACGCGAGAGAUUUGUCAGAGUCAGUCCUGCAAGAAGCCUUCAUUGAAUUGUCUCAAGUGGAUGUGAGCUUCACAGCACAAGCAGCAAUUAGCAUUUCUCUGGACAAUAUUAAAGAUGUUGGUGGAAAAGAUGUAGACCAGGCAACGAAGACUGCUUAUGGCCCUGGUGAUAUCCGAGAGGGAACGUUACUCGGAGACCCUGAAGGGCAUUUGUCUAAUGCUGUGGUAAGCAGUUCAUUUGAUGCUUCGAAUUUGACUGAGAAAGUGUAUACUAUAGAGAAAGCACUGCUUUGUGUUUCUGGCAUUGCAAGUAGUGUAUCUGUUCCUCACUCUGCCAAGGCAUUUUCUUGCAAUUCAUUGGACUCUCCUCUGACAUCAUGUAUUGAUCUUGUGUCAUCGAAGUUAAAUUCAGCGCAAGGUACAAAUGCAGCUCCUGAGAGAUCAUGUUCGAGGAACAGUAAAAUUGAUGAGGUGCUGUCUGCAAGCUAUGUCCCUCAGCCAAAGGAUUCUGCAAGCCAUGUUAUUUGUACUGGGCAUAUUUCUGGUGACAACACAUUUCAGUGCACUGAGGCAGCUAAUACUGGCCAAGGAACAUUACAGCAAAAUGAAGGCCUGGCCAUUAAUGAUGCUGCUGUCACAGUACAGAGAAACUGGCAAACAGGAGCAAUGAUUGAUAUAGUGGUAAAUAAUCCUUUUGACUUUGUGACCCCACCUAAAGUUGGAUGUGCGGUAAAGGACUGUGCUUCUAAAUCGGGUGAACAAAUGCUAAUUGAGCCUAUUGCUGAGAACCAAUUUGCAGCAGAGUUGGCAGAAGCGAUUGUAACAAAUUCAGUGGAUGAAAUAAAAAUGAAAGUCACAAACCCUCAAGGGGUAUUUUCUGCAGGUUCGCUUGGAACCAUUGCCAAAACUGGCAAUAAGGAUGCACUCAAGAGACUUGGGGAGAUACCAGAGGGCCAGUUGCAGGAUCAACAAACGGUUGGGAAAAUGGUUUUGUGCAGUCCGCUUCAGUAUGCUUACUCUCAGUCUCCAGACAUGCUGCAAACACCUCCUGUGUCGCCUGCCGAAUUUACUCCCAGUAAAGGUUUGACCAUCCCACAGCAUUUUGCACAGGAGCUCAAGGGUCACUUAGCAGAAGAGUUUCCUCCAUGUACUCCACCACCCAGUCCUACUGUUGCACUCAAGAACUUAAAGGUAGAAAGUGCAGAUGGUGUGGGUGGCCCAGAGCUCGCUCUUACUCUAAAGUCGUUGACUGCACAGCUUCAAGGUCACAUCUCAACACCAACCUUCCAGACUUCCUUGGCCGAGGUCAGUGAACCAAGCAAAGAGAUGAGUGCAGGUGUACUGGGAAAGCAGAGGGUUGGGCUUAACAAAGAUGGGCUAUUUCCAGAGGAAGAUCUUGCCAGCAUUGAGGGCAGCUUAAGUGGAUCUCCCGGAACACCGCCGCCAACCCCACAGCAAUCAUUCCGUGAAAAGAGUCUGAAGAGCUUCAGUCGGAAGCUUAAAGGGGAGCUGGCUAAAGAGUUCAUGCCAGUAACCCCUCCGUCCACCCCGCGUAACCAUUCCAUUCCAGACAUGGCAGGGCUGAGCCAGGACACUGAGGAAAAGGCAGAGUUCGUGCUGAAGCUAAUGAGGUCGCUGUCUGAAGAGGUGCUGGACAACGAGGAGGAUGAGAACUUUGACUUCGUAGAGGGGCGGCCGGAGAUGAGGGAGCAGCCGAGCCCAAGCCCCAGACGGGGCACAAAGGUUUUGGAAAAGGAAGAGCUGAAGUCGGACAUCAAGAGGCAGGCUCUGCAGUAUGCCAAUCAGCUGGCCUCCAGCAUUGUUUCCAUGGCGACUGAAAUUGCAGCAAUUUGUGUCGAGGACGCCAGGAAAUGCGACAGCAGGGAUCUCAAGUGCUUCAGGGUGUCCCCCAGCCACCUGCGGAAGGUGGCUGCUCGGAGUGAACCGCAUGCCAGAACCGCGGGCGCCGAUAGGAACGCACCAGAAGAGGCCGUGGGCUCUUUGUUGAGCUAUGCAGGCAGGGUGGCGGGAGAGGUCAUUCGGGAUGCCAAGAAAGUCCUCAGCUCCAAGAAGCACAGGGUGAGGAAAUUCAAGAGGGAUGGCUGCCAGGUGGAAAGCAACGAAUCCAGCUGUGGAGAACAGGACAACAUGGGGAUCGAAGGGUUAAACACCAUGGCGGAUCAGUGGUCCCGGGAGCUUGUGGAUUCUGUGCUUCAUUCUCCCCAAGGUGGACUCGUGUCCAAACAUUCGAGCUGUGAGAGUGUGACUGAUGAGUAUGCAGAAUACAUCAUGAGAAUGAUCAGCAGAGAAGCAGGAAACGGUGAGAUAAUAGUCGAUCAUUACGCCAGUAAGCUUGCCUUUAGGACUGUGAAAGUGGGCCUGGAGCAAGCAGCUAGGAGAAUAAAGCAGAAGUAUAAGAGAAGACUCCUGUCUUCACAACAGUCGAGAGGCGACAACGGGGGCAAAGAACUUUUCAAGUUCCUGACAAGGGAGGAGACCCAAGACACAAGUCCCUGCAGGAGAGGCCACGAUCAAAGAAUGAGCAGGAGGGAUUCCAGAGAUCUGGCAAGGUUUGCAGAAUCAGUUGCCCAAAAUAUCACUUACGAAGUCACGCAGAAAAUGAACACGGCCUCUGGUGUGCAAGGCUUAUCCAAGUCCCUGACAGACUCUUGCCUCUACAAAAGGUCCCAGCUGGAACAGAUGGCUGAGGACCUUAUUAAGAAGACCUGGACCUGCUCAAUCCAACCCAUUGUCCAGAGGAACAAACGCUACCACAGCAUGGGAAGUUUAAAUGAUUAUGGAUGCUGCAUUGCCAGCCCCAAUCGAACGCUUGAACACUAUGUGGGAAAAGGUGCUGAUGAAACUCUCCAUGUUAACAUGGCUGGGGAUGAUGGGAAUGCCUCAGACACCAGCAAGCAAAAAGAAUGUUUAGCGUAUGCCGAAAAGUUGAGAGGGAUUGUUUUACAGUGCUCUUCUGCAGAAAAGGAAUCAAGAAGUUACACUAACAGGUUAAGUUCACAGACUGGUGGGUUCUACCCCAAAAAUGCCACGAGAGCCCCAUGGCAUGCCGGUAAACCACUUACAAGGCCAGAGUACUACAUCAAUGGAGCCUGUCAGCUCGAUGUACCUAGGAUCCAUAUUGACUUGGAGCAGAGGGGAAUUUUUUCAGAGGACUUGAUGUCAGUGGCCAUUGAGAAGGCCAAGAGCAAUACAAGCCUGGCAGCAGACAGUGGUAUUGGACAGGAUGGUGCAAGCUUCACUGAAAGCCUUGCUGCAGAGAUAAUGACUUCAGCCAUGAUCAAUGCCAGCCAGUCAAUCACAAGCAGCAGUCUCAAGGAUGGAUUGCGGUCAACUGAUUCUACAACAACCAGCCAGCAGCUUAGCCUCAGUGCUGGUGAUGAUAGUACUGGCAGCUGGUCAAAUCUGAGCUUUGAAGAUGAGCACCCAGAUGAAACGAGCAGCUUCCUGCACCUCAGUGACAGUAAUGGCAACAGCAGUAGCUGGAGCAGUCUGGGGUUAGAAGGAGAUAUAUAUGAGGAGAAUAUAUCCUUUCCACCAUCAGAAAGUGAUAAUAGUGAAGAUAAAGAGGAGGAGGUGCAAGAAGUUUCUGAAGGUCUGAUAUCGGCAAAGGAAACAUUACUGAUUCUAAACGUGGACCUGGAACCCAGUAGCCUUGAUCCUCAGCUGCAAAUGUUGUUGCAGUGGAUAGCGGCUUCACAGUUUCAAAUAUCUUUAGUGUAUUUCAAGGAAUCUUUUGAAGAUGAGUUACUGAACUUUCUUGCAGUGGUGAAAAGAGUGGAGUUGAGGGACUGGAAGAUCUGUGACCUACUUCAGGCAGUGUUGAAAUACUGCAGCAUGAGAGAGCAAGACCCAGCUGGAGCUCACUGCAACCACACUCCUCUCUUUGACUGGCUGCUGGAAAGUACAUAAAGCCUUUGUCCACAUGCAGAGAGCAUUGAUUGUCGGCAUGUGAAGGGUUGUCAGCUGUGCACCAGCCAAGUGUCACCAACUGUGUGGGUUGCUGAACAGAAUUGAAUCAGAUGGUUGAUGUUCUUAUGGUGGUUGGCUUGGCAGGUAGUAAAGUCUCUUGCUUUGUGAACGCAUAAAGGAUUUUGUCAUGAGGGCAAAACUAUGUGUGUAUAUAUAUUGUGUGUAUAUAAUAUAUAGAUAUAAUAUCUAUAUAUCUCCAAAUUAAACACAAUUAUAAACAAAAGGCCUCAGUUUUCCUCAAAGCUGCCCCCACUCUGUCAAGGCGCGGGAAUUCUACAAACUUGUAACAGCAGAACUGGAGCAACUUCAAGGAAAUUCCCGGCUGUAUUCUGUGAGCCCUUCAAGUUAAAGGAUGAAUAGUCUAAUUUUCCCAAAAGUAUUGCGUUCUCUCAACUAAUUUUGAUUUUUAAAGUUGUUCUUUCUAAAAGACCAGCCGUGUAGGGUUUUGACACUUGCAAUCCCAGAGUUCUGACAUUGCCCUGUGCUCUUUCAGUUCUGGACGUUGAUGCAUUAGCUUUGACUGAGGUUGCAGUCAAAAUUGAACUUGCAAACACUAGCACUCUCUGGUUGGUAUCUGGGUUCUGACUGUAGCUCACAGUGAGAUGAUCUGAAGAUCUACAGGGUCAGAGAAGCUUUAGAAAUUACAUUUCAAAAUUUCCUAAAUUAAGCUCUUUGUUUGGGAUGACCUUUAAGCUCCCACAAGGUUGAGUCACCUGCAACACUCUCAAAGAUUGACGGCUUGAUAACGCUAUGUAGGGAUUGUCAGGACCUAGCCACAGGUCGAGCUGGCAGUCCAAGAAAUGAGGGAGAAAUUACUUCCAAAGGAUGGGGUGGUGAGGAAUGGUUCAUCCUGGAAUUGGUUCCAGACCUUCACUUACCCGGUGCUUUAAUGGUGAAAGCAAAUGUCAAUUACAAACAUGAAGAUUGUGCUCAUGAGAAAGCUAGUUUUGCUAAUGUUGUGCAGUGCAAUUUGCACUAACAAGGUAAACAUAUUGCCAAUAUCUACCCAAGUGUGACAAUUCCUACUAAUUUAUUGAUGUGGUGUUCCAGCUGCUAACAUCAGUUCACUGACUAACCUAAAUGAUCCUGGGCAGCCUUUCUAGAACCAGAGUCUCAGAAUUGCCCUCUGCUCGCCCUUAAGCUCUGUACACCAGUGCUGUAAGCUCCCAGGACUGGAAGUCCAGUUCACAGUACUUCCAGUUUACAAAGGUGGAGUCUUGGUUUCUCUCAGACUUGAUAUGGUGUUUCUUACUCCCAGUUCAUUUGUUUGGCUGUUUGCUGAUGAAGAUUAUCAUUGACCACUCCAUAAUCCUCCCCCAGUUAAAAUCUUUGCCUGUGACACAUUCAAAUACUGCAAAAGUUGUGCUUUAUUGCAAUGAAUAAUAUAAGGAGACUUUUUGGGUUUGGUACGGGGUGACUUGGGUGCUGUGAUAUCGGAAAAUCAAGCAGGGUUCUUUCCAGAGAUCAUAUCUUCUACAGUCACAAGAUCUCAGUUUCACAAAAAGCACCCAUGCAUUUCCACAGUUGGUGAUGGACAGAAUGUUACAAUGCAAAGACUUGUUCAGAAGCAGCAGAAAAAAUUUAACUUGGACCCAAAAACCCAACAACACUGCCAUCUUAACUAACAUCCUGCAAGUGAACAAAUCAAUCUUUAAGAGAGACAAAAUUUGCUACUGAAUAUUGCCACCUAUAUUAAUUAUAAGAACUAAAUUCUCACAAGCUGAUCUUUUGGAUGGAGCUGAAUGUGUCUGCACAAGACAGCAGUGAAAUCAUGGCCUGAAUAUUGUGCUCUGAAUUUAGGAUAGAAAGGAUCAGACUAUUAAAAAGGAACGGGACUCAGUGUGGCAAUUUCAGGAAUAUUUACCAGCUGCACAGUGAGACCCAUCUUGAAACUUGACCCAAUUUCUGCCUUUAGUUGCAGAAAUAUGGUUCUUGGAAGAAAUAAUAUAAAAAGAUAUUGUUGCAUUUUGGCCAUUAUAACGCACAUAACCACCUUAAUCAUUGCUGUGAUUUGUAUUUUUCAAACAAAAUCCUUGAAGUCCACCCAGCACUACUUUGUUUCCUGUAGGAUUAACGAUCAUUUGAUUUCUGGAUGUUCCAAUUUUUGAAUUUGUUGCCUAAUUUUAUCUGCUCCUUACAGGGUAUUGCCAGUAUUUAUCACAUCUGCUUUGAUUUCACCCUACACCAGGGUGUUUCAAUGCCACUGUGAAUUGUUCCAGUUGUUUAUCCUCCCAGAUUACACCCUCGGCUGUGUGCAUGUAGCUUUGUGAGCUGGCAGCAUUUCCAGCAUAUUGCACUAAUAACCUGCAGUAAUAAGAUUAAUUGCAGAUUUAAAUGCUUGCAUAAUAUUCACAAGACACUGUCCAAAAUUUCCCAGUAAUGUGGCCCCGUUAUUUGCUUGAGUAUUCCGGCUAUACCCUCUGCUGUUCGACAAGCUGUGGAUAAGGAGGCUCAUGGGGUAGCCUAAUAUCCGGUCCUGGAGCUGACAAAGAAUGUCUCAGCCCCUUUGCCAAUUAGGUUUUCUCCCCACAACUUUCAAUUCGACACAAGAUCUUUUAACACAGUGCUGUUAGUAUGGUCAAAUGACUAACCGAAUGGAAGGUUUCUUCUUGGUUACACAGUCACUUUAUGUGUGUGUGUGUGCGUGCGUGCGUGUUCCUCAGUCCCCAGUCUCUGUUUCUAUCCCAGUGGUAAUUAGUGAUGCCAUUUUGAUGACAGAAUGUGAAACGUUAAAAUUGAACUCUAUUCUGAUAGUACUUAUUUUAUUACUGUGCAGUGUUAAUUCCAUCGUAAUUCACAUGCUAGGGUAAAUAUCAAGUGUGUGAUGUCUGCUAUUUGUAAUCCAUAAUCCUUUAUAUGAAUUAUGCCAAAAAUAGAGCAAUGAAGUUCAUUUAACUUAUAGCAAUUUUAUGUGUCUGCUCUUCUUUCAAGUGUACAAUUUGUUAUCAGAUUAUAAGCUGCAAGUUGCACUAUAUUGAUGUCUAUGUUUAUUUCUUAAACAAUGGCU